ACAGCUGCCAGAACUAUGUCAAGACUCAUCGUUAAAAACCUUCCCAACGGGAUGACAGAGGACAGGUUCAAGUCGAUGUUUGCUGCCUUUGGCACCCUGACAGACUGCGCUCUGAAAUUUACCAAAGAUGGCAAGUUCCGAAAGUUUGGUUUUGUUGGGUUUAAGUCCGAGGAAGACGCGAGCAGGGCGCUGCAACAUUUCAACAAGAGCUUCGUGGACACAUCCAGAGUGGCGGUGGAGAUGUGUAAAGCAUUUGGAGACUCCACUAAAGGGAAAGCCUGGAGUAAACACACACAGCAGUACAAACCUCCUGCUCCUCCAAAAGUUACUGACAACAAAAAGAAAAAGAAACAGGAAGAUAAAUCCAAGAGCAGUCUGGGAAAACUAGAGGAGGAAGAAGGGUUCAAGGAGUUUCUGUCGGUGCAUCAGAAUCGCAGCCAAGUUUCAACCUGGGCCAAUGACAUGGCUCAGGAAACGGCCGUUUCUGAGAGCAGAAAGACAAAAAGCAAGAAUAAGCCGGCUUCUGAUGAUUAUCUCAACUUUGACUCAGACGAAUCAGAGAACGAGGAUUAUACUGAGGGCGACGUAGAAGAUGAAGCGGCAUCUCAAGAAGCUGUGAAGUCUAGUUUGUCAGAUAUGGACUACCUGCGCUCAAAGGUGGUACAAACGAAGGAUGUGGAAGAGAGCAACGAACACAGUGAAGGUGAUGAAGAGGAGGAGGAUGCUCCAGUUCAGCAUGCAGACAGUGCCUACGAGAGCAGCGAAAAUGUCUCAUUGGCAAAAGUUUCCUCUGCGGAGAAGAAACUGGGCAAAGUCAAGAAAAGUAUCAAACAGGAGACAGAGCCCACAACAGAGUUCACCGUGAAGCUUAGAGGAGUCCCAUUCAACAUUAAAGAACAACAGAUUCGAGAGUUCAUGACCCCCCUGAGGCCUGCCGCAAUCAGGAUUGGAAAGAAUGAAAGUGGAAACAGAACAGGGUAUGUUUAUGUGGACCUGCACUCUAAAGAAGAGAUGCAAAAAGCCUUGAAGAAGAACAAGGACUAUAUAGGGGGACGUUACAUUGAGGUUUUUUGUGUUGAUUCUUCGGGGUUCAAGGGCAAGAGGGACAAGAAUGACAAAGAAAUUGACAGAAACUUCACCAGGAAGCUGAAGGAGGAUGAGGAGGAGGAAGACGUUUCCGAGUCUGGUCGACUCUUUGUCAGAAACCUUCCUUACACCUGCACGGAGGAAGAGCUCAGAGAGCUUUUUACUAAACAUGGUCCUGUCUCUGAGGUGCUGUUUCCUAUCGACAAUCUGACAAAGAAACCUAAAGGAUUUGCUUUUGUUGCCUACAUGAUACCAGAAAAUGCAGUGAAAGCUCUUGUUGAGUUAGAUGGUCAUGUAUUUCAGGGUAGAAUGCUUCAUAUUCUUCCCUCCACCUUGAAGAAGGAAAAGUCUGAAUCCUCAGAUGCUGGUGAUCCUGGCUCCUCAUCAUACAAACGACAAAAAGAUGCUAAAAACAAAUCUUCUAGUUCUAGCUCACACAACUGGAACACUUUGUUUUUGGGUACGAGUGCGGUGGCAGAUGCCAUUGCUGAGAAAUACAACACGACCAAAAGCCAAGUUCUGGACCACGAGUCGAAGGGAAGUGUUGCAGUCAGGAUGGCUCUGGGAGAAACUCAGAUUGUCCAGGAGACGCGUCAGUUCCUGCUGGACAACAGUGUCUCUUUGGAUUCCUUUAGUCAGGCAGCAGCAGCGAGGAGUACAACUGUGAUCCUGGUCAAAAACCUCCCAGCUGGAGUGACAGCGUCGGAGCUUGAAGAACUCUUCUCGCCUCACGGCUCUUUAGGCCGAGUGCUGCUGCCGCCUUCAGGACUCACCGCCAUCAUUGAGUUUUUGGAGCCAACAGAAGCCAAAAAAGCUUUUACGAGGCUGGCUUACAGCAAGUUCCAUCAUGUCCCGCUGUAUUUGGAGUGGGCGCCUGUUGGUGUGUUUGUAGCAGCCAAACCAAAGCCAGACAAAGAGGAGGCAAUGAAAGAAGAAACAAAGGAGGAGGAAGAGGAGGAGGAAGAGGAAGAAACUGUUCCAGGUUCUACACUUUUCAUUAAGAAUCUCAAUUUCAGCACAACAGAAGAGCAACUACAGGAGGCGUUCUCCAAAUGUGGCAAUGUCAAGUCCUGCAGCAUCUCAAAGAAAAAAGAUAAAUCAGGUAAAUUGUUGUCAAUGGGUUACGGUUUUGUUCAGUAUCAGACAGCAGAGUCUGCACAGAAAGCCCUGAGGCAGCUGCAGCACUGCACUGUGGAUGAUCACCAGUUAGAGGUGAAGAUUUCUGACAGAGCCACAAGAACCACAGAGGUGUCACGCAAAAAGAAGCAAGCCGAGAAAAAGCAAACUUGUUCCAAGAUUCUCGUGCGCAAUGUUCCCUUCCAAGCCACUGUCAAGGAAAUUCGAGAGCUCUUUUGCACAUUUGGGGAGUUGAAGACUGUCCGUCUACCUAAGAAAGCAACUGGUUCAGGGAACCAUAGAGGCUUUGCCUUUGUUGAUUUUCUCACCAAACAGGAUGCUAAGAAAGCUUUUGCAGCUCUCUGCCACAGCACCCAUCUGUACGGCAGACGUCUUGUGCUGGAGUGGGCCGACGCCGAGGAAACAGUGGAGACACUGAGACGGAAAACAGCCGAACAUUUUCAUGUGGUUGCCAAAAAGCAGCGGAAAGCUCAAGUUUUGGGGGAAAUUCUUGAGAAAAUGGGAACUGGUGGAGUUGAAGACUGAAGUCUUCUAU